CUGGGUUCCUCUUUCUGGAGCAGGUCAGCCCAGACAAAGCCAAGACUUCCUCUCUGUGAGGAGUGCAGAAACAUAGUGUUCAAAAUGGCUGCUGGAUUGCAAGCCCCUCAGUGGCUCCUGCUGCUCCUGGUUAUACUGCCAACCACAGGCUCAGACCCUGUGCUCUGCUUCACCCAGUAUGAGGAGUCCUCUGGCAGGUGCAAAGGCCUACUUGGGAGAGGCAUCAGGGUAGAAGACUGCUGUCUCAAUGCUGCCUAUGCCUUCCAGGAACACGAUGGUGGCCUCUGUCAGGCAUGCAGGUCCCCACAAUGGUCAGCAUGGUCCUUAUGGGGGCCCUGCUCAGUCACAUGCUCUGAGGGAUCCCAGCUGCGACACAGGCGCUGUGUGGGCAGGGGUGGGCAGUGCUCUGAGAAGGUGGCUCCUGGAACUCUUGAGUGGCAGCUACAGGCCUGUGAGGACCAGCCAUGCUGUCCAGAGAUGGGUGGCUGGUCUGAGUGGGGACCCUGGGGGCCUUGCUCUGUCACAUGCUCCAAAGGAACCCAGACCCGUCAACGAGUAUGUAAUAAUCCUGCUCCUAAGUGUGGGGGCCACUGCCCAGGAGAGGCCCAGCAAUCACAGGCCUGUGACACUCAGAAGAUCUGCCCCACACAUGGGGCCUGGGCAUCCUGGGGCCCCUGGAACCCCUGCUCAGGAUCCUGCCUUGGUGGAGCUCAAGAACCUAAGGAGACACGAAGCCGCUCAUGUUCUGCACCAGCACCUUCACACCAGCCCCCUGGGAAGCCCUGCUCAGGACCAGCCUAUGAGCAUCGGGGCUGCAGUGGCCUACCACCUUGCCCAGUGGCUGGUGGCUGGGGGCCAUGGGGCCCUUCGAGCCCUUGCCCUGUGACUUGUGGCCUGGGCCAGACCCUAGAACGUCGGACAUGUGAUCACCCUGCACCCCGUCAUGGGGGCCCCUUUUGUGCUGGUGAUGCUACUCGGAACCACAUCUGUAACACAGCCAUACCUUGCCCUGUAAAUGGGGAGUGGGAGGCCUGGGGAAAAUGGAGUCACUGCAGCCGUGUGAGAAUGAAGUCCAUCAGCUGUGACGAAAUCCCAGGCCAACAGUCACGUUCAAGGAGCUGUGGUGGCCGCAAAUUUAAUGGGCAGCCAUGUACUGGGAAACUCCAGGAUAUUCGACACUGCUAUGACAUCCAUAACUGUGUCUUGAAAGGUUCAUGGUCACAGUGGAGUACCUGGGGUCUGUGCACACCACCAUGUGGACCCAACCCCACCCGUGUCCGCCAGCGCCUCUGCACACCUUUGCUCCCCAAGUACUCGCCUACAGUUUCCAUGGUUGAAGGUCAAGGUGAGAAGAAUGUUACCUUCUGGGGGACCCCACGGCCACUGUGUGAAUCACUACAGGGGCAGAAGCUGGUGGUGGAAGAGAAACGGCCAUGUCUACAUGUGCCUGCCUGCAAAGACCCAGAAGAGAAGAAACCCUAAAAUCCCUUGCUUUCAUUCUGACCCCCUCACCUUCUAGACCUCAAUAAACCAGCCUUUCUAGACUC